AUGGAUCAGUCGCUCUACAGCGUGCUGCGCGUGAACCGGCUGGCGACCGACGCACAAAUCCGCGCGGCCUACCGGCUGCGGGCGCUGCAGACACAUCCUGACAAGGGCGGCAAUGAAGAGGAAUUCCUCAAGGUAGUGGAAGCCUUCGAAAUCCUCUCCGACCUUCCAAAGCGGAAGAAGUCCCUUGGCCGCCGCGCUGGCCUCAUCGGUACGACGCCGAGUUGCAACGGACCGGCAGCCAAGAUGGGCGCCAGGAGCCGAGACCCCGGCGGUUCCUGCGACGGCUGCGACCAUGGGUUGACCCGCAAGGAGAACCAAGCGGCGCAAGCUGCGGCGGCCGCAGAUGUCUUCGGGCUGCCCGACUUAGGGCAGACGGAGCCCAAUCAGCAGCCCUGCGAGGGUCACAGUGCGGAGGCCGAAGCUUUGCGAGCCAAGGCCAUGGCGGAACCGCACAGCUGUGACCGGCAACCGUCCACCAUCCAUGCUUUGUGGCUGGAGUUGCUGGAAAAGUCCUCGAAUGAGCGUCAGGAGCAGCUGCGAACGCUGAGCUGCCGUACCGCAGAGGUGCUACUCCACUUUGCCAAAUCGCAGCUGCGGGGCGCCCCCGUGGUCGCCGCCAAUGAGCCACAGGGCUGUGGCAAUGCAUUGCUGGCAGCUGGCCCUGAGGUCCCUGAAGCCAAGCGUGCCAAGCUGGAGGGCGCUCGAGCGUGCUUCGAACGUGGUGCGCGUGCCCACGUGUGCCUGCGGAGGAUGAAGGUUUGCACUGGUGCAUCUGAGGAUGUGGCAGAGGCGAUCAACUGGCACAUCCUGCUGGUGCGUGUGAAGCAGAUCUUCGACGAGCACCUCAGCGCCGGCGACGCCUUCUGCGCCGCCGCGCGCGAGGCGCUGCGCGCGGCGCGCGCGGAGGCGCAGCCGCUGAGUGAUCCACGGCUGCGCUUCGUGACGGAAGUGGCGGUGGGAGAUGAAGUGCUGUUCACUCCUGUGAGCUGGGAUUUGGAAGUGGGGCUGCGGCACCAUGAGGAGCUGUCCGCGCUGCUGAAGCAGCAUGCAUCCCGCGAGCAGCUGGUGGAAGCGAUCGGCCGAAUGAUGGCCGCCAGCAAGGCCGAGAAUGGCGUGGGGCCGAAAAUGGAGGAGAAGCCGCCGAAGCCGAGCAACGAGCGCUCAUCGAAGAGCUGGACCGAUGCUCACGGGGUCGAGCGGCGGAGAACGAAGGAGGAACAGGAGCGUCACAUCUUCACCUUCCGAAAGCUCCUCCGCUGGCGGGGCGGUUUGCGGCCUCCGGGCGUCAAUGCCAGCCUCAGCCAGGUGGUGGGGCCCAGCUUCUGGGGCGACAAAGGCGCCCCGCCCAGCACCGUAAGCGCGCUUUGCUAUGCCGAGCUUUGGCACCAGAAGGGUGGUGCUGGCCUAGAGCCGCUGUGCCGCGGGCCCCGCCGGAAGCGGCCAGACGAGGCUGCCAAGGACUUGGAAGCCCUCCAGGCCAGUUCAGAUCAGAUCGAGGCGGCCCAAUCCAAGGGCGGCGAUGCAGCUGCCCGCGCCGAAUCCAAACGGCAGCAGCAGCGUCCACACGCCAUGCAUCAGCGAGAGGAAAAGGAGGUCGCCAAGGAGUCCUCCCUGUCCGCGCCUCGAGUACGGCGCCGGGACGCCGAGCCCUUCGUGGCCGCGCUGCCUUUGCCGCCGGUGGUGGAGUCGCCAGGGAGCUCGGAGAAGCGCCGGAAGCUAUGGUUCUUGUGGCUUGGAGAUGGGAGGAAGAGCCGGAAGAGGGAGAGGAGUCCAAAAGAGUCAGCGGAAUCUCUCGAGCUGUCGGGUCAAUGGGAGACCGAGAUCAACAGGUUGCAGCGAUUCGAGGGGCGGCUGGAUAGGAGGUGGUUAGGUGACGAGGAGGAGGAGCUUUGUAAUAUUUUAGCUCGCACUCGCGCUCCUGAGGAUGCAGAGGAGCGGAUCUUCGGUUCGAAGCAGGUGAGUCAAAGCUUGGAGCUGGCAGCAGAGCUGGGCUAUGACUCUUGGCAAGCUCCGAAGCGAGCGAGCGGAGCUGGGAGGAACAUGUGA